AGCCCGCUGCAGGGCAGGUGAGCGGCCGCCACUCCCCAGCGGCUGCGGGACCUGCUCCUCCAUGAACUUGCCGAUAAUCGAGCGCCUUCACUCCACACCGCAGUGCAGCUUCCCGGGCUCCGAAGGGGAAGCCUGUAAGAUCGAUAUCCAGGGAGAGGAGGAAGGUGAAGACAACGAAAAGGAAGAGGACAACGUGGAGGACGAGGAGAGCCCGCAGUUCCUGGAGCAGCUGCACCAGCCCGAGCCGCAGGGGGCGCAGCAUGGCACGGGAGCGCUGUCCUGGGAGCGCCCGGAGAGCAGAGGCUGCCGGAGCGACUCUCCCAAGUUCGCGGCCUCCACGGGAUCUGCGGGGACCUGUGGCGAUGCCCCGCAGCCAGCGAAGCCCCCCUACUCCUACAUCGCACUCAUCACCAUGGCCAUCCUGCAGAGCCCGCACAAGCGCCUCACGCUCAGCGGCAUCUGCGCCUUCAUCCGCAGCCGCUUCCCCUACUACCGCCGCAAGUUCCCGGCCUGGCAGAACAGCAUCCGACACAACCUCUCGCUCAACGACUGCUUCGUCAAGAUCCCCCGAGAGCCCGGCCACCCGGGCAAGGGCAAUUACUGGAGCCUGGACCCCGCCUCCCGGGACAUGUUCGAUAACGGCAGCUUCCUUCGGCGCAGGAAGCGCUUCAAGCGCCACCACCCGCCCUCGGGAGCCCACCUGCACCACCCCUUCCCCCUGCCCGCAGCGCCAGACACCCCGCAUGGCCCCUACGCGAGCCUGCUGCUCGGGUCUCCAGCCCGGCCGCUGGUGUCCGGGGCCUACCCGGCCUCCGCUCCCGGGAGCCGCCCGUGCGCUUUGCUGCAUCCUCAUCCCCUUCGCUACCUGCUGCUGUCCGCCCCUACCUACUUGGAGGCACCGGGGAAAGUGCAAAGCACGGUGACCCCCAGCGGCUCCUCUGGAGCGCUGCAGCCCACCACGGGCUCCGGGCCUUGGGAGGUGGCCAAGGGGCUGGCGUCACGGCCGGGAGGCGGAUGCACCUCCUUUAGCAUCGAGAGUAUCAUGCAAGGAGUCGGAGAAGGGGGAACAGGAACCGCCCAGAGUCUGUCUCCGACUCCAUGGGGCUACUGUCACCUGCUGCAACGCUCGUCGUGCCUGUUGCACAGCCAGGCCACUGUUCCCUUGCUCCACGUGCCUGCUGCCACCGCAUCCGCUGCUCGGACAGUGUUGCAGCAGCAACAGCAGCAGCACCAGGACUUGGCCAGCAAAGGCGCGCUGCUGGGCCAGCACCUAUCCGCGGCUGCGCUGCUGGGGUGUCAGCCCGGAGCAGAGGGCUCCAGGCCGAAGUCAGGUGGCGAGGGGACCUGGAGAGAAGAGGGAGGGCAGGGUGACACCGCUUCUCAUCUCCACCCCACCACUCGGAACUUCUUCGGCACCUUCUGCCCGCAAUCCUUACCUCCUCCGGGUUUGGUGGUGCGAUUCCAGAGACGUCCUGGAAAGCUGCCAAGCCCGACCUUUGACGUCGUUCGGGCUCCAGGUGGAGCCUCCUGCGACCCCCCGAGGCUCUCCCAGCGGGGCGCGUCUCGCAGGAGACGGCUUGUUCUCUUUCCUGCCAUUGCCCGAGGCCAGACCAGUACAGCCGCCAACGCUGGUGACUGCGGGUCAUCGUAA